UACUACACCCUUAGCCCAGAUAUCCGGGCCUCGGGUAACAACAGAACUUACAUCUGUCUACAACUGCUAACGCGAAAUCAAUCGCUUUCUUGGGUGACGACUCUUAUACGGGAAUCUAACAUUACGUAACCAUAUCCCACGAUGCACAGUUUCUGUUGUCGCUGAUGUUCUUAGCUUCUCAAUGGCAGUAUCGUGGGGAAGGGCACGUCAGUCUUGUCCUAUUCCGUACAAAGGAGCCUCCAAUUGUGCUGCGUUUACGCAAGAAGUUCGUCAGCGUCGAGGCCAAGAUGGAGGCUCACGGUUCCUACGCCCUGCAUGGCAGCACAGCAGAACAAUUGUCAUAUGUUGAGUCCGUGAUGAAGCCUUUGUUGGGAUCGGAGUUUGUGCUGCAGCAGCGGAUAGUUCAGCUACCUCAGCAAUUUGUCGAAGACAUCAGCAAGAAAGUUGCUGUACACAGACCAAGCAAACGAUGUUGUAAAACGGUUGACUGUGAUCUUGGAGAAGCUAUUUUGAUGCCGGACGUUUGUUUUCUGCCAAGUACUGAUGCUAAACUGCCUGUCCCUGACACAAGAAAGGUGUACGAGAUAAGUGUGCCAUUUGUGCACAAACAAUUAGCAGAUGGGUAUCAGAUGGCAAUGGACGAGGACAUUCCAACUUUUUGCGUGGAGAUUAAGCCAAAAUGUGGGUUUUUGCAUCUCUCAUCAACUUCAAGAAAGAAACCCAGCUGUAAGUUUUGUAUGUUUCAGAUACUGAAGGUGAAGAAUGGCAAGUGGGAGUUACCUAGCGCAUAUUGUCCUUUGGACUUGUUUUCUGGAAACUUGCGAAGGGUCAAGAUUGCAUUGCAUGGUCUUUUGAAAACUCCACAGAAUAACCUGAAAGUUUUCAAGAAUGGUGUAGUAGUUUAUACUGGCGAUAUUGGGGAGUCUUCUCUUCAAGAUCAGUUGGAUCGGUUGACGAAGCAUUUUAGGCCAUAUAUGUGUGGACCAGUAAAAGAGAGCCUUGUUGAUUUACUUGCAAGAAUUCUAACUGCACCUCAAUGUGAAAGAGAACAGUUAGAAAAGCAACCAGUAUGUUCGAGAAGUGCUACUGCUGAGAGACCAGAAAUCGUUAUUGCCAAUGGUAUCAACACUGAUCCAAGAACGAGACCUUGUAAGAUAUUAGAUGCUGUUUUGAACAUUCAGCGGUGGGAUGAUCUUGGAUCACAUGGAAUCUUGCCAUAUUAUCGUCGGCUAUUAGAUCACUUGAAAGGAUGUCCUGAUGACAGGAAAAGAUGGGGAAUAGACGUACCGGUGUCACAUGUUGAUCAAAAUGCUGCACUGGCAUCCUCUGAUGAUGGGAGUGUGGAGUAUGCAUUGCAGAAAGUCCGACAUUAUUUGGUUGCAGCUACAGCCAAGGACUGUUCUAUUAUGAUAUCUAUAAAGCCAAGACAGACAAUCGCAAAUGCUUGCAGGGAACUGACCUUUGACUAUGCAGUUGCUGUUGUUGAUUUAGAUCCUAAAGGAAUUGAAAGAGUUGACAAGUAUGUCCACGAAGAUCGUGCCAUUUUGGACAUGUAUCUUGCAUUGCUAGAAAAUGAUCAAUAUCAUAAUCAGUAGCAGCUUUCUCAGCUUGCAAGCUUUCUGCCAAGGAUGAUUGUUUAUCAGAUUCUAUUUCUUUAUACUUUGAUUGCAGUGUAUAGAUAUGUUUGCAAAAACACCGAAAUGAAUUUGCUUGCAUAGUCUUUAUCAUACUCCAUAGUUUAUUAUUGCAGCUCUUGUUGACAAGAGACGACAUUAUCAUAAUAUGUAUGUUUGUAAAA